UUUUUUCUCUCCUCUCUCUCUCUCGCCCACAGCGGCGCUGGCCUGAGUGGCCUCACUCUCCCUCCUUAUUUUUGCGAAACUCAACCGAAAAGCUCUGCACACUUCAUCUCAGUUGUAUUCAACAGAAAGCUGAACGAGAAUCACAGACCGAGAGAACGUGAGAGAAUCAGGCGAGAGAGAAAGAUUCCGAAACUAAGGUGCGGUUUGGGUUCACCAUCGGUGUACGACGGGCAACGACUUUGGUGGUGAACCCGCGAUCCAGCUCCGGCAAUGGAAAAUGAGUAGUGUACUUUUUCAAUAGCUAUUUUAGCUACUCUUGUCGGAGAUGCUCUGAGAGCAAACGAUACAGUUUGUUGUGAAGCUCUCAAAGCUGAAAAGAAGCACUUUCAGAAAUGGCGGUUCAUCUAAUUCAAUUUCUGUGUCUUAUUUCGGCCUUAUUCCCCUCUCUCUUCUUCGCUCUCUCGGAGACCACAUGUUCAGCUCCGCUUCAUAACGACCGCUUGAUUUGCGAAUUGUACCCACUAAAGCACAAGAUCUCUCAAUUAGAAUCAGUUCUUGAAGAAAGCACAAAAAACCUAAAUCAGAAAAGCCUUUACCUCAAAGAGCGUGAGGAGGCAAUUGAGUCCAUGUCACGUAAGAUCCACCAUAUGCAGUCUACUCUAGAUGGUCUAAAGGGUGAAUCAUCACGGGCUGAUGAAAGGCUUAGUGCUCUAGAAGACGAGGUACGACAUCUUUGGGCCACAUCAAGAAAGAACAACUUUGAUAUUCACAACUUAGAAUAUAAAGCUCAGGAUGCCGAGGACAGGCUGGAAAGGGUUACCUCACAAGUUGAAAAUAUGGCUGACAUCGUCACGGAGCAUUGGAUUCAAAUUCAGCGGCUUGAGCAGGCUCUUCAAAUUACUAAAAUGAGGGCUCGAAGACAAGUAGGCUCUACGAGAUGCACAUUCUUGAAGUUCAGCAACAACCUAUUUGGCAAUCAUUUUCAAAAGCUGUUUGGGAUGCUGGAUCCUUACUUAUUUGGAAAAGGGCCUACCUUGAGUUCCUACAUCUCUCAAGCUCUGCAUAAGUUGAAAAGAGUAUUCAUAGAAGCUAAAAAGUAUCACCAUCAGUUGCAAGGUCUCAUCAAACAAGAAAUGGAAAAAAAUGAAUUUACUGCAGCUCUUGCCCACAGUGAAUUGGUUUUCAUUUUGGCUUCUGCCCUAAUCACUUUCCCAUUAAUGGGUGCCUGGGUUUUGCUCUCAUCACAGUUUAGGUAGUUGGAAAACUCCUUUCCUUUAAAAGGGGAAUGUUGUUAUUCCCUGAUUUACCAUCCAUCUUGGAGAGUAUCUUAUUUCUGUUUCAACGAUUGCCGACAAAAGUAAUCUUGGUAUCUACUGUGAUUAGGAAUCAGGAUCAAUUUUGUACCUGUCUUGAACUGGAUUGUGGCUGCAGACUUGUCCUACUAGAUAUAAAGUAUAGCAGCCAUAGAAUUUCAGUAGAAAUUCUAGAUUUUGAUUGUGUAGUAGUCUCAAGGAUAUUCCAUGAACCUCGCUCUUUUUGAGCUUGAUAAACCCAUGUAUGGAGCACUUCGCAAGAAUGGUUAGAGUCAUAUGCUAUUGCCUACUCA